CUUGGACACUUUUCAGUGAAGGCUGCUUUAUUUCGAUGCCACGAGGCAAACUUAUGUACAAAUGUACAUAUUUAUAUAUAUAUAUAUAGGUGCACGUGUACAUACAUACAUAUAUGACAUAUGUAUAUGUUCAUGUGAAAAAGAAAGUGUGUAAGUAUAGUUGAUUCACACAUUGCACAUGUACAUGUGUACACUCACUUGAAAAGCUAACGAAUUUUUAAAUAUUGUUAUGCAGUUUAGUUAUAUAAUUUACAGCACACGCAAAAAUUUCAGUAAUCGUUUAGAUUUUAAACGUAUGUACCUAUGUGUACAUUAUUACAUACCGUUGUUACACAAUUUUUGCUCCAAUACGAGUUAUUUUAACCGAUUUCCAACAUUUAGAAUAUAAGUUAAUCCAAUGAAUUUUUCAUUUAUGGAAAGCUGAAUUAGUUUAGUAUUUAUUUGUCCUGUGAAUAUGUGUAUUAUACAUACAUAUGUACGUAUAAUAUUACUUAAUAAGGGUCUGUCCCUUAUUAAGGAAAUCGGAUCAAGGAUCACGAUCGUCACAGAGGAGAAGAGGGCAACAGCGUUUCUUUUACAAAGGAUGAGUAUUGCAGUACAGCGUGGUAAUGUUGCUGCAAUUUUGGGAUCUCUUCCAGCCGGACGAGAGCUGGAUGAGAUAUUUUUACUAUAAGACGACGGAUUAGGUUAAGGUUUUUUUUAAAUUUCAGAUGGGGACGAUUUGUAAGACGCUGGUCGUUUAGCUUUUUUAAUAUAAGAUGUAAUAAUAAGUACUUUACUCUGCGAUACAAUUCAUACUCUUAAUGAAUAAUAAACCAUAUGUCCAUGUCACGUAAUAAUAAACACUGACAAUAUUACAAUCUUUGUGUUACACAUGCAAAUACAAUUAUUCUUAACGUAUAUUUUUAAACAGGCUACCUGGUUCCUGACAUUUUGAAUACUUACUUCCCUUGCAAAAAUUGACCCGAAAAAAUGGACACUACACACGUGCAAGAUAUUGCACUCAAUAAUCCAAUUAUUUUGACCGAAAUAUUGAAGCAGACCUCAGUCCGGUUGCGAGAUGCCCGAUUCGUCUCCAAAUUUUGGAACGACAUAGUUCUCUCCCUUCCCAAGACAAGACUUACCUUUUGUCUGAGAGAUUCGUACAACGAAUACGAAGAAGGCGAGGAAGACACCGAUGAAGAUUUGCACACCGAUCCGUUUCGGUUUUUCGAAAUAUGCUCCACUUUAAAUAAACGACUCUCGAAGAGUAUCAUCGCCGAGUUUGACACCAGCAUGAAAUAUGACACGGAUGAAUCUGCUCCUGCCAUCUACUCUUUCGGGGCCAAGUUGAUGCACUUGUGUGCCAUGUUUAGUGAUACUAUUGGCUCAUUCCACCUGAACCCACACGAUCGUCGUCGCACCCAUAUUUGAUAUCUUGUCCACAAUCUUAUCAUAGAUGCAUAAUAUAAAAUAAAACAUAUCAUAAAAAUCAAAAUUUGAAAAUUAUUUUUUUUCGCAAAGAUAUAGCAGUUCAAAGAAAAUUUGCAAAUGCAUUGAAAAUGCUUUCGUCGCCAAAGUGUUGGUUCAAGGGGUAGGUUACAUUUACAGAUUUCAUUCAUUGAUCAUUCAUUGAUAGGAAAAA